AUGUCUCCCGUAGCAGCACUACAUACAUUAUAUGCGCGUGAUGAUGUUUCAGAGAGACUAGAGCCAAAUUCUACACAGCGAUUUACAUUGUAUUUCAUUGGGGGAUAUAUUGUGGGCAUAUUAAUCUUGUGGAAUUUACCAAUAGCGAGCAAAAUUCUUUAUCCAUUUAAGUUGCUUACUGUUGGUUUACAUGAGUUUAGUCACGCGGCAGCAGGGUGUUGUACAGGUGCCAAAAUCGAGGCAAUCGAAAUAGAUCCUAAUGAAGGUGGAGUUACGCGGAUGCGUGGUGGUGUACAAUGUUGUACACUACCGGCCGGAUAUUUGGGUUCUUCACUCAUCGGUGCGAUAUUAAUAUUUUGUGGAUUUAAUAUACUCGCGUCACAAUUCGCGUCAAUAUUUCUGGGACUGUGUCUGUUAAUAACGCUCUGGUGGGCGAGAAAUUGGUUGACUCGAUGUAUUACCAUUUUCUUUGUUGGAGUUAUGAUAGGAUUAUGGUUUAUUGAGAAAGGAGCUGGCUUGAAAUAUUUUGUGUUGUUUGUUGGUGUAAUGUCGUGUCUAUAUUCCUUAUGGGAUAUAAUGGAUGAUUUAGUUUUCCGGAAAGUGAAUGAAUCAGACGCCUCAAAAUUCGCUAAAACUUGUGGAUGUUGUCCAGCUCAAGUGUGGGGCGUCAUUUGGUUGUUGAUUAGUUUUUGUUUUUUGGCGAUGGGUGUAUUAGCCGGACUUGCAGCAUUUAAACAAGACAGUCAAGAACAAAAAGAUCAGUCAAAGCAUGUGUUUUGA